UAAAAAGCAAACAUGGCAGAAACCAGAGGCAGGUUAGAAUGAAACGGAACUCGAACCAGGAACGGAGCCCGGAGCACCGACGCUAACGGCACAGAGAGGACGGGUGCGCGAGAGGCUAGCGCGCGCCAUGACCUGUGGGCUCGGUGUGCUUCACAAUCACAUAAACACCUGCGCAGGAGGCGGUGAAGGUGCCGUUUGGGGCCAAAUCUUUAGAUGCUGCCCUGUGCGUCCCUGCCGCCGUGACAGACGCUCACACCGCCGUGAUCCUCACGCACGGAGCCGGGGGAGACAUGAACUUCAGUCAGCUGGUUUCUCUGGCUCACCAGCUGGCAUCACACGGUUUCCUGUGCCUGCGCUUUACAUGCAAAGGUUUGAACCUGGCUUACAGGCUGAAGGCGUACACUGCUGUGUGGGACUACCUGAAACUACUGCAGAGGUUCACAGUAAAACGCGUAUUUUUUGGAGGCAGGUCGAUGGGGUGUCGUGCGGCUGCAGCUUUAGCUAGGCGACUGAGCGAGGAAUCCGAGGCCGCGGUGGAGGGUGUGAUCUGCUUGUCUUUCCCCCUGCACCCCCCAGGGCAGACGCAUGCACACCGCCAACGGAGCGAAGAUCUCAGGGCGCUGCCGGCGCACACGCGUGUGCUGUUUGUGUCGGGCACUGAGGACGACAUGUGUGACAGGGUUCACUUUGACACGACGGUGAAAGAAAUGAAAGCUCAGGUUGAGAUUUUGUGGCUACGAGGAGGCAGCCAUGGACUGAAGGUGAAAGGCUGUUCUGAGGUGUCCGUGAUGGAGGAAGUGAACCUAAAAGUCAUCUCUUGGAUCCGGAAUCAGGCGGCACAGGCCCCUUAAUGUCCUCUCGUUAAAUCUGUUGCUUUUGUGCCAAUAAACGAUGUCAGUAUUUCACAGUGGGCGUCUGUGUGAACACACGGGGAGCUUUUAUUUCUGCACAGUAUGUGACAGAUAUUUGAAACCCGAAUCUUAAUGUGCAACAUGCUGAUGAAUGUUGAUAAAUCAGUCUGUGCAGACAUUACUCUUCCUCACCCUUCCUCUCCGUAUUCAUCUGAAGUCAUAACUCAUUACAGUUUAAAGGUGUUUUUCUGCUGCACAGACUACUUUUAGCAGCACUGAAAACUGAUUAUGCAACAAACAGUUCAGGAGUUAUACACCAGAAGAAGUUUGUUUGGGAUUGAGGAACCUUAAUGCAUUACAUAAGAACGUCCUGGGUCAUGAGGAGCCCCUCAGAGGCCGCCUGUAGGACAAAGGAGAACACAGACGUGAUGAUGAUGCUGUCGGUUUGUGAGAGGAGCUGAGAAAAACUGUCUUUCACAUGGAGGUUUUCACAUCAACCCCUCGCUGAAGUUCCUCUAUGAGUGGAAAGUGGAAGACGACCCUCAGUUUGAAGUUGAGUGUUUGCUUCCUGCCUGUACUGUCACAAUAAAGUGCUGUUCUCCUUACAGCACAUUGUGGCACAGCAGUGGUUUGUGCUGUGUUUCAAUAUAAAGGUCACUUUUUCAGGGGCUUCAGUUUUGACCCUCACCGUGUUUGUUUUAAUGAAAUAAAUAUUCUGUUUUUGUGUACAAACAGGAAUAACGUAUAUGUUUACAA